AUGGAACAGACAUAUACUGUUGAGGUUGAGCCGGUAGCAAUUUUACGGUGGCCAGUGGGCGCGGAGGAGUUAGAGGAGUACGCGAUGAUGAUAUACGGUUGGGAUCAAGCAGCGGCGUAUGAUGGAGUUACUCUUAAGGUCUUGCACUUUCAAGGCUACGACGUCGUGGUCAGGAUCUGGUUGGUUAACGCCGCUGCAACGCCACCUCAAUCCGACGGCCACGUGGAUUCUCCCGAAGACGACGUUCUCUCCGGUUUCAAGACACGUCGCUGCGACGAUACCGAUCAACAUGAAGAAAAAGUUUGUUGCAUAUGUUUGGACGAUCUGUUUCGAGGAUCGGUGACUACAUUGGAUUGCAGUCACGAGUUUCAUCCCGACUGCAUACGGCGGUGGCUCGUCUGCGGCGAGAACUUCUGCCCUCUCUGCAAAGCUCCGGCGAUCAAGUGA